AUGGUAAAUGGGCAUAAAUCAUGCAGGCAUGUCAUUCCGGAUAAACUUCUAGAAAUAGAAUUUUUGUGUCCCGGAUACCUCAUGUCAAAACACCUCCAAGAAGACUGCUCUGCAACAGAGUCUAAAGUGCACCCAGGGCUCAGGUUGCUUCUCGUGGAUCUUCUAACUGGAAUGUGGCAGGAGGUAGACAGAUCUGUGGAUUCUGGAUCUUCGGAACAGGUCCUAGCUGUGGAGCUGGGGCAGGAUUUAACAGACCACCGGACGCCUCCACGUCAUCAGUCGAGGAAGAUGAAGGCUCGUGCUCCCCCACCUCCUGGAAAGCCAGCCGCUCUGAGUGUUCACGGGGAACAGAACCCUCCCUGUGACAUGGCCCUCGGUCCACAGCAGAACCUGAUCCACAUGAAGGAGGGGCUGCGGGACACCACCGUGGAUGUCACCGUGGUCCUGCCCAGCGGGCAGGAGAAGAGGAGUGUGCUUAGUGGGAGCCAUGCAAUGAUGGACCUACUGGUUGAACUUUGCCUUCAGAACCACCUGAAUCCAUCCCACCAUGCCCUUGAGAUCCGGUCUUCAGAAACCCAACAGCCUUUGAGUUUUAAGCCUAAUACUUUGGUUGGGACCCUGAAUGUACACACUGUAUUUUUGAAAGAAAAAGUUCCUGAAGAGAAGGUUAAGCCUGGCCUACCUAAGGUGCCUGAGAAGUCUGUACGUUUGGUGGUGAAUUACCUGCGGACACAAAAAGCUGUUGUUCGUGUGAGCCCUGAGGUGCCUCUCCAGAACAUUCUCCCAGUCAUUUGUGCAAAGUGUGAGGUCAGCCCGGAGCACAUAGUUCUCCUGAGGGACAACAUUGAUGGGGAGGAACUGGAGCUGUCCAAGUCCCUGAAUGAGUUGGGGAUAAAGGAACUGUAUGCAUGGGACAACAGAAGAGACACUUUUAGAAAAUCAUCACUUGGCAAUGAUGAGACAGAUAAAGAGAAGAAAAAAAUUCUGGGAUUUUUCAAAGUUAAGAAAAGAAGCAAUAGUAAGACUGAGCAGCUUGGGCUGUCGGGCGUGGAGAGUGACGAGGACACCUUGAAGUCAGCAUCGUUGGGAAGGGGGUUGAACGGCUGUUUAACAACGCCUAACUCCCCGACCGUGCAUUCACGUUCCAUUAUGCUGGGUCCAUCCCUCUCUCUGGGCAGCAUCUCAGCAGUGUCUGUGAAGUCGGAGAUGAAGAAGCGCCGAGCCCCUCCUCCUCCAGGUUCAGGGCCAGCUGUGCAAGACAAGGCAUUGGAAAAGCUGUCUCUGGGGUCACAGAUCGACUUACAGAAGAAGAAGCGGCGGGCGCCAGCUCCCCCUCCCCCUCAGCCACCACCGCCAAGUCCCCUGGUCCCCAACCGCACGGAGGACAAGGAGGAGAACAGGAGGAGCACAGUGGGUGUUGGAGGACGGCAGGUGCCACAAAAGCCUCCCAGAGGCACUGCUCGGGGCCCACCCCAGUUAGUGCUUCCCCCACCCCCGCCCUACCCUCCUCCUGACACAGAUGUGAUGGAGCCUCUCAGCUUUCCUGGGGAAGGUGCUGGUUCCGAAGCGUCAGACCUGAGACCCAGACUGAGCCUGCCCCUGGCACCCAGCGGUCACUGCGGCAUGGACGGAACCCCACCGGCACCAUCAGAGGCCGAGGAGACAGUGUCUGUCAGCAGCUGCUUUGCGUCGGAGGACACAACCGAGGACUCGGGUGUGAUGAGCUCCCCCUCAGACAUCAUCUCUCUAGACUCGCAGCAUGAUAGCCUGAAGUCCAAAGAUAGGUGGGCUACAGACCAGGAAGACUGCAGUGACCAGGACCUGGCUGGAACCCCAGAACUGGGUCCCCAAAAGAGCCCCUCAUGGGAGAGGAUUGGCUGUGGGAACUCACACCCAAGAACUGAAAAAACUGCCACAAUCACAAAUGAUGAUGAAGACCCAUUCAUUGCUGGACAGUUCCAUAAAACCCUUGCAGAACUUGAUGCAGACCUGGAAGAAAUGGAAGAGAGUUAUGAAACAGAUACCAGCUCUCUGACCACCUCCCUGCACGGCGUGUCCAACCACUGCACCCAAGACAACGUUGCCCCUGACAGUGAUGCUGCUGCAAUCCCAGUCACGUUCAUCGGGGAGGUUUCAGACGAUCCUGCUGAUGAGGGGUUGUUUUCCAAUAGAAACAACAACGCUGGUUCGUUUGACACCAAGGGUGCUGUUGGCAGGAGAGCCCAAGCACAGCCAUUUCAGGAGCACAGCCAGCAACAACACGUGACCACCAGGGAGGAAGUGCCUGACCCGAACCCUCCUUCCCCUGGCACUGGAAAAGGAAUGCUGUUGGCUUUAUCCAACACCUGUAAAAAUGGGAACUCCAUUGAAAGGGGGCCCCAGGUGACUUCUGCCUUGAAACCUCACAUGGAUGACCAGAAUGCAAAGGAGAAAGGCAAGGAGCACAGCCCUGCUGACAGUGAGAGGACACGGGCCACCAAGACAGUGCGUCCCCAGCCAAUGAAUGGCCAGGUGGGCAACAAUAAAAGCGCCACCUGGGUAGCACCGUCGUGGUGCCAGCGAGGCCAGAACACAGGGCCAAGUUAUGGACUCAAGCAUGGCCUCACAACAUACAAAAUUGUUCCUCCAAAAUCAGAGAUGAGGUGUUACGACCGAGAUGUGUCCCUCUCCACGGGCGCCAUCAAGAUCGAUGAGCUGGGGAAUCUGGUGAGUCCUCACGUGAACUGCCACAGGACCAUAUCCCUGUCGUCGUCCCUUGUUGACACAGAAGCUCAACCCACUGGAAAAGCCAAAGAGUUCUGGAGGUGCAACUCGAUGGAGAAACCCUGGGGCUGGCCCGCAGAGUCCCCAGCCCCGAGGCCUGCCUGUACCACCACACCAGCCCAGCCGCAGCCCCAGGAAAGCAGGCUCCAAGCAGGCCCCAAACCGACCCCACCCCAGCAGCCCAACCACCAAGAAGAGGGGAGACGCCAGCCACCCAUGGCCAUUGCUUGUCACAUGGCAAUGCCAGCAGCCAACACCACGGAAGUCACAUUUCUCAAGCCUCAGAGAAGAACAUCCAGUCAGUAUGUGGCCUCUGCUAUUGCCAAGCGGAUAGGGACCCCCAAAGUCCACGCCAACGUGGUGGAGAAGCACAGUAAUGCUGCCAAGGGCCACGAGGGCCGAGCACCAGCACUGACCGGACAGCCUGUCACUGGGAAAGACGGCACAACCCCCAGCCUGGACUCAGAGGCACAAGGACGCAGGGAUGGCACAAAGUGGCCCUGCAUCAGCCCUCCCAACAAUAAUCACAAAGAAUUAGCAGCGGGAGCCCGUCCUGGAGGAGAAGUCAGCCGCCCAUUUGGAAAGUCAUCCACUCAAGCUGGUCCAGCUGGUGUCCACAAAAGCUCCUGUUUUCCACUAGUCACAUCUUCUCAGAGGGAUCAUGUUUCUGUGGGGCAGAGCUGUGGUUUCAGUGGAAAGCAAAGCACAAGUAAUCAAAGGUCCAGCUCAGCAUCCAACCCCAAAUGCACACUGGACCGCACAAACCCUCCCCUUCCAUGUGCGGCAGAUGCUCGGACCCCCGGCAGGGUGCUGGCAAACAGCUCUCAGCGGGUGCCUGCCAGCCGUGAGCCUCUUCACUCUCCAAAAGUAUUCAGUGCUAGUAGCCACAUCAUCCUGGAAAGGGAGGAAAAGCCCAAUUUGGUAUCUACAGAUGUACAUGAAACAGAUGGUACUUUGCCACCCAGCAUUUUUGGGCCAAAGAAAAAAUUCAAACCUGUUGUCCAGAGGCCACCCCCAAAAGACACAUCUCUGCACUCUGCCCUGAUGGAAGCCAUCCACUCUGCAGGAGGGAAGGACAGCCUUCGCAAGACUUCAGAACACGUCUUGGAGGCAGGACCAAAGAAACCGUCCUACACGGAGUCAGGGAGUGAGCGAUCUGCCCUACUCGCGGCCAUCCGAGGGCACAGCGGGGCCUGCAGCCUGAAGAAGGUGUCCUCCUCCGUCUCUGAGGAGCUCCAGAGCUUCCGGGAUGCUGCGCUGUCUCCACAGGGCUUGGAAGAUCCUCGGCAAGACCUUGGCCUCCCGCCCCCGCCAGCCCUGCCACCCCCUCCCCCGCUGGCUUCCCAGACUCUCUCCACAUCGAAGACAGCUUCCAGGUUCAGCACAGGCACCCUGGGCAGCCCGGUGGAUGCCAGGCAAGCCCUGAUGGACGCCAUCCGCUCCGGUACAGGGGCCGCACGGCUGAGAAAGGUGCCCCUGCUUGUAUGAACCAUCAAGAAAGACCAGAUCAUUGAGGAAGCCCACCUGUGAGACGUCCAAAAUCGUCACUGAAAGAUUCCACGUGGUGAGGAACAUCAAGAUUUGGUGUUAGUUUCUACAGGCCAAAAUGCGUACAGUUGAUUUUCAGUGUGUUCUUAUAUAACGGUUCAAAUGGAGGGGAAAAGACUGCUUUUCUGCGCAGCUUGUGUGCCAAGGAAAAUGUGUUUUGCCUCUGAAUAUUUGAAGUUGCCAAUAAACUAUUCUUGUUGGCAGGUUAAUGGGAAUAUAAAUGCUGGAGCCCAGCACUUGCACUUAAUUAUGUUUAUGGGCAAAGUGAAAAGAAUCAUGCUUUAGACUGGUAUUGUACCUUUGAGACCUUUACUGCAGAUAGAUGGUUAAAACCAUUUAUUUGUUUAAAAUUUUUUGAAUCUAGAAAAAAAUACAAAUCAACUGAAAUAAUCUCGAUGUUAUGUGCUACAUGAUCCUAUGUGUUUUGGUAGUAAGGAAAAAAAAAAUUGGGAGGCUUUUUCAAAGGUGACUGUUGGGUAAUAAGAUUAUGGAUUCUUAUUUCUCAAAUAUUUGGGGCUAACACCUCAUAGAGGUUGUGAACCAUGAUCUGAACAACGAACCUUUUAAAAAUCAACUAUUACCAUCCAGAAUAACAAUUGUACAUGAUCAUGGGGACAGGGCAUUUCUGAGUACUCCAGAGGUGGCGGGUGGCUGAGGUCAGAAUGACAUGGGAGUGGAUGGCCAGUGCUCCACCUGGACAGCUGUUUCCCCAUGGGCUGUGAAGUAGAGCAGGUCUCCCCAGGGGACCUGUGCACGGAGCCCGGUGACUUCCCUGGGAGCCUCCUGAAAUCCUGCAGAGGGCCGAGGAGCAGGGAUGUUGGGUGCCUACGUGCCGCAGAGAUCGGAUCAAAGUUGUGCUUAGAAUUUCACGAUUUGAGUUCGAUCUUGAUGCUUUUGCCGGACAGUUCAGAGGCCCCCCUUGUAUUAUAUCACGGUCUUCUCGUAGCACACAGUGCUAAGUCACCAGUGCUUGUAAUAAAGUUUAACUACUGCAGUAGUUUUUCAUGUACAUCUAUAAAACAUUUUGUAUAUUGAAGAAAUCUCUUUAAGAAAGUGAUAAAAAUCAAGAGGAGUUCAUGAAGUAAAACCUGUAUCUUAAUGAAAAAACAACUAUGUUGACAUCAUUUUAAUGUUUCACAAUUAUUUCAGAUCCAGGCAUCGGGCAGAAGGGAAACUUUGUUCUUCAUUGUCUGAUUAACAUUGCUAAACUUUUUCCAUGAAGCAAGAGCUACCAGCCAAUUGCUCUUAGUCACAGCAGUCUAUUCUUUGUCUUUUAGUGCCACAAAUAAAAGAAAAUCAAAUCAUA